AAAUAUUAGUUUCUUCGAAUUAAAGAUGGCACUAUUAAUAAGUAUCAAAUGACUAUGGGUACUAUAAAAGUCGAUUAAAUUCAAAAGAAUCAACAGUUACAUGGUCAACUUCAACAAUCUAUGAUAAUUUAUAUAAUAUGUCAAAAACCGCAUUUUAUUUCUUUAUGCUCGAUUGGCAAAAGCGACAACAAUGGCGUGGUAAAACUUUUAACAGUUUAAAAGAUGUUGCAGCAGAUCCAAAAUGUAGUGAAGAAUGGAAGAAUAUUUCACCACAAGACAAAGAAAUUUAUAUUGUCAAAGCAAAAGAUAGCAAGAUUAAAGCUCAAGGAAAUAAAAAAACUACAAUUGGAGAAGACUUAUCUGAAAUGGAAUUAAAUGCAAAAAGAGAACAAGAAUUCCAACAAAAAAUGCUAGAAUACAUAAACUCUGUCAUAUCUAUGGGUUUAUUACAUAAUAAUUUACAAAAAUUAAAAUUUAUAUUUAUACAUGUAAAUUGGUUCUAUAAAAAGGAAAUAGGAAUUAACAAAUGUGAAUUUUGUCCAGCGGAAUUUGCAGUUGCACAAUUUAGUCUUAAAAAUGGUAUUGAAAAUAUUUAUCAUGAAGUGUUAAAGAUGAAAAUACCAUUAGGAUGGAAAAGAGAUGCGAUUGAAAUUAGUCAACAAACACAUCAAAUCCCCAUAGAAUUAGAAGAGGGACAAAGUGAUUUUUCAUAUAUGUUUAGCGAAUUAAUUAAAUUUUUAGAAACAAACAAGACUGGAAAUAAAUUUCCUCCAUUAUUCACUACAAAAAAUUUAAUUCCUGUCGUGGAAUCACUAUUAAUAAAAAUGGUUGAAGUUAACAAUGGAUCGGUUAAUGACUUUUUAAUUUAUUCGAUAGAAGCUCUAUUUGGAGCAUUGCGAAAUGCUGCAGUGCAAAAAGUAGACAAUCGUAGUAUUCCUCUCAUUGUUGCUGAAAAUGAAUUUUCAAAAGAUUUUUUAUGUAAUAUACGUGGCUUCGAGUGUGAUUUUCAUAAAAUUAUAGAUAUGUCUCAAUACUGUAGCAAAUCUAUAGUAAAAAGAUGGGGUUUCACAAUAUGUGAUUAUUGUUGUCAAUAUCUGAAUAUAGAAUUAAUUGAAGGUGUGCACUGUCCAAAAGAAACAUCAUUUCUACAAUCUACCGAUCAAGAUACAAGUAUACAAGAAAUUACUAAUAUUGACAUUCAUAUAAAACACUUGAACAUCAAUGACAAGAUAUCUAAAGAAUACAAGAACAAUACAUCUAAACAAAAUUAUAGUAAUGAUCAACGACAAUGUAAUGAGAUUAAACCAUUAGACAUAAUAGAUCAUUGUAAAGCUAGUACAUCUACUUCACAGAAUUUAACAUUAAAUAUAUCAACAUGUUCAAUGCGAAUACCAAACACAAUACCCCAAACACUUAUUGGAGUGCAAGAAAAUAUUGAUCCAUGUGUUGAUUUCCCACCAAUUGGAGGAAGAGGCAUAAAUUAUAAAAGAAAAAUUACAAAUAUCAAAUUACCUUUGGGAAAAGGUAAAAGUUUAUCAAAUAUUAAUUUUUAUAUUUGAAUAUACUUAA